AUGGUUAUCAAGGAAAGUGAGUUCGAUGAUUCGCUUGGGUACGCGUUGCUGCGCCGUGAAAUGGGCGCCGUCUGGGAUACGUCCAAGGACGAGCGGAUGAUCAACGGUACCAUGGAUCCGGAGUUGAUACAGCGUGCCAAAGAGCGGGCCAUCCGAGCUCAGCUUAACUCGGCCGAUGGUGAUACGUGCGAAACGCACGACCAGUUCUAUCGCGACCACAAGCUACUGCUGGUCCUGUUCCGUGGGCUGGCGGUGAUGCCGAUUACACGCUCCGUGCCGGGCCGUAUCACGUUCAGCUGGCGUUCGGCUGCAUCCAUCUAUGCGUUCUGCUUCUAUAUCGUGUCCACCGUGAUCGUGCUGGUGGUCGGGUACGAACGUAUCAAAGUGUUCCAGACGACGACCAAGUUCGACGAAUACAUCUACGGCAUACUGUUUGUCAUCUUUCUCGUACCACACUUCUGGAUACCGUUCGUCGGCUGGGGUGUAGCGGGCCAGGUCGCUAUCUACAAGACGAUGUGGGGUGCGUUCCAGGUGCGAUAUUACCGCGUGACGGGCACUUCGUUGCAGUUCCCGCAUCUGAAGAUGCUGAUCGUUUUCUUCUCGAUCGGGUGUCUCGUGUGUGCGAUCGUGUUUCUGCUUUCGCUCAGCUUUCUGCUGGAAGGAUUUGCCCUGUGGCACACGUCCGCCUACUAUCACAUCAUCACGAUGCUCAACAUGAACAGUGCGCUGUGGUACAUCAACAGCCGGGGCAUUCGGGUGGCCUCCUCUAGCUUGUCGCGCUGCUUCCGACAGGACGUGGCAAUCGAGUGUACCGCUGCGAUGAUUUCGCGGUAUCGCUUCCUGUGGUUGAACUUGAGCGAACUGCUGCAGGCACUCGGGAACGCUUAUGCCCGCACCUACUCCACCUACUGUUUGUUCAUGUUCGUCAACAUCACCGUUGCGAUCUAUGGCGCACUGUCGGAGAUUAUUGACCACGGGUUUGGGUUUUCGUUCAAGGAGAUUGGUUUGAUCGUUGACACGGUGUACUGCUCCACGCUGCUGUUUAUCUUCUGCGACUGCUCGCACAAUGCAACGCUGCAGGUGGCGCAAGGUGUGCAAGACACGCUGCUCAGCAUCAAUCUGCUGAAGGUGGACCAACCGACGCAGAAGGAGAUCGAUUUGUUCAUACAGGCGAUCGAGAUGAAUCCGGCUAUCGUGAGUCUCAAAGGAUACGCGGAAGUUAAUCGGGAACUGCUCACCUCGAGUAUCGCUACGAUCGCCAUCUACUUGAUCGUGUUGUUGCAAUUUAAACUGUCGCUCAUCUCACAACAAAUUCCAGCGGAAAUUAUCGAAAAUGUUAAACUUUUGCAAAAGCAGUAAGACCGAUAACUCGUCCCAA